GUUCGUCUUCUUCUUGGAUUUACCUUUAUUGUGAAACUUUUGUAAAAACUAAUAAGGUUUCAUAUAAAGAGUAAAGCAAUGGCACAAGUCGGUUUUCUAGACAACCUGCUUAGGGAAUACCUAGUUUUUCGAGGUUUCUCCAGCACCUUAAAGGCCCUCGAUGUGGAGCAGCGUACUGAAAAGGACCAGCACUUCCGUGCAGAACGAAUCCUGGAGCAAUUCAACAUUGCCGUGCAAACGUCCGACCUUCAGGGUCUCAGGAGUUUGUGGUUUCACCUGGACAACAACAUGUUCUCCAAGCUGGAGCACACCUACGCCGUCGCUGUUAAGAAACUGGAAAACAGCCUCCUUAAAUACUACCUGGUGACCGCCUACAGCAGCAGUCGCUCUGAGAAGGUGUCCGAGUUCUUUAACAAGUUGGCGGGCGAUCUGCAGCAGCAAAGCGAGUGGAAGGAUUGGUUCUACUUUCCCUUUUGUAAAAACGCUGAGGAGUCGCCAGCUUUUGCCCUGUUCUUCACUAAGCAAUGGCAGGAUACAUUGCUUCUGUCGCUGCGCAACUUCCUGACCACCGUAUACCAGUGUCUGCCGCAGCCCACAUUCGUGCGUGCGGAGCAGGAGGCGGCCCACAUGCAGCGACUUAGUGAAGACAACGCUGGUCUCCGCACCCGGGUACUCAACUUGCAGCAGGAGCUGCACCAGGUAACCCAGCACCAAUCAGGAUCUGUGGCCGCCGGAGCAAGCGGAAGUUCUCUCGGCGGUGGGACCGAUAAUGGAGCCCGCCGACGCAGCGUAUAUCGCCAACAACAGAGCCUGAGCGACAUUCUGCCCUUCGACAUCAGUCCUCCCGGACACAUAGUCGACGAUUUCUGCAUCAUUGCCUCCGAGGCGAACAGCGUAAGCCAGGCCAGCGACGCCCAGGCACGAAGCCUCAAGCAGUUAAUCCGUAACAUCGGAUCGGGCAGUUCGCCUGUGAUGGGACGCAAGGAACAGACAGCCAGUUCCCUGGGCGAAAAGUCUAGCAAACGCAGGUCCGGCAGCGUGGGACGCAGUUGGAUUUAAGAACCUACACAGGUAACUAUACAACGCUAAUAUUAUUUUUCUAAAAGGUUAUCCUAAGUAUCUAUUACAAAUUCAAAAGCGUCGAGAUCAAAAUGUACCACUUUAGUUUUUAAAUUAGUUAAUUCGUAGACAUUUCAAACGGGUUAAACAUUUUUUUCUACCGCUAUACCAUACAAAUUAUAAAACUGAACCAUAAAAGCUGAAUACCCAAAUAUUUUAUGUUCAUAGAUUUACAUAUACAUUAACAAAAUAUAUAAAAUGAAUAACAAUAAAUUGUAUUCACAUUUUUGCAUGUCUAUAAAAGUUCAUGGGGAUGAUUUUUGACAAUUUAAAUUCCGCUUUUAAGACUAAAACUCUAAAUAAGGCAAUAAAAUAAAAGGCAACCAACUAUUUCUUUAAGUACUUUAUCUUCCCAAAUUGAACAUAAACAUAAACCCUCCCAAUAAGAUAUGCCAAGAGUUUUCAAGUGUUAUCUAAUGUUUUUUAAUCAAUAAGCGAUUCUCAUCAGUUUGUAGACGUACAAGUGUACUACAAAACAAAGAGCAAUGCGUGUAGCGUAAUACAUAAUUGCAAUAAAUAACGUAAAAUUACAAAUAAAUAUAUUGUAGGUGUAUAGACGAUUCGUAUUCGUGUAUAAAACAUCUCCGUUUAUACAAGCAGCACAAUUUAAAAAAUACAAUUUAUUGUAUAAAGGUGUUGUGUAUAUAUAGUGAUAUAUGUAUAUGUUGCAUAAAGUAGCAUCGCUUCUGACUCGUUUCCGUCCGUCAAUAAAUGCAGUUUCGGCUUGGCUACGGAAGGGAAUUGCUCAUCUGA